UAUCUAUAAAGGUCUAUAAAAAAUGGGUUCAUACCGGAAGUUGUUGUCGGAAUUGUCCGUAUGUUCUUUUGCGGCGUUCGCUGGUUUGGCUGACAGGUGCUGGAUAUCAUGGUUAAAACUCGUGAAAACGACAGCUUUGAGACCUUCUCUCCUCUCCCUCCACCUCCGUCCCCGGGCCAGCGAGGAGACCCGUUUGAUGAAGAAGCUGGUGAGGUGUCCAAGCUUGCUGAGGUUCCCGCUGCCAAAAGGAAAACAGUGAAGAGACCACAGCCCAAGUUGGACUCCCACAGACUGACGUCUGAAAAAGGACUUCUGGCUCUGCGAACACUUUUUGACCAUGUCCACUUCAAAGGCAAAGGGCAUGAGGCGGAGGACGUGCGGCUGCUGAUGCAUAAGAUGGAGAACUGGGCGCACAGGUUGUACCCCAAACUUCAGUUUGAAGAUUUCAUUGACAAAGUGGAGAAGCUGGGCGCCAAGAAGGAGGUGCAGACUUGUCUUAAAAGGAUACGCCUGGACAUGCCACUGAUACAUGAAGAUUUUACUGGGGACGAUGAGGUUCCUCCCGAAUCCGACAUGGUGGGAGAUUCCGAUCCAUUUAGCAGUCAGAGGUUGCCGAUCCACUCCACCCCAGCGCCCGCUGGCCCACUUGCCGCCUCCCUCACAGAUGAGCAGCGCCAACGCAUGGAGCUCAACAGACAGCGGGCCCUGGAGAAGAGGCUCGCUCGCCAGCAGCAGCUCUCGGACUCGUCAUUGCAAGCAGGCGAGUCCUCCGUGAACAACUCAGAACAUGCUGUCAGUGUCAACCGUUCCAAAGGACAAGAGGAUGAUGAUGAUGAAGAACCAGCCAGGAUCAGCUACUCCCAGCAGCCUAUUAAGACCUCCCAGUCAUCGACUUUGUUAGAAAGCUGUGAGAGCGCCCACCCCACCCCACCACUCAGCAAGAGCAGUGACGAUGCAGAUGAAUGCUGAAUAAUGUGAACUAUUUGACUCAAUUUAGCUUUAAAUCAUUGCAUUCAACUGCUGUUCCUCUUUACAGAUCAUACAUGUUGUAAUUAAAAGGGAUGUUUUACGAUUCAAAAUCUGUUGCAAUUACGUUCCACUUAACACAUUCACUCCCAAAGACGUUUUUCAACGUCUUUUCAGACUUGGUCCAGAAUUGGCUGGUACUGAAUGAGUUAAAGUAGAGCACAAAAGCAAAUGUAUGCAGAUUCUGUUAGAAUGUGAAGUCAAGUGAAAAGAAAAGACAAAGGCAUACUGCAAAUUUUGUUAGCAAUUUCAAGUGCCCAUCUUCUUUCCUGUCGAGGUUGCUCAGAUCAGAAGGAAGCCUUCUCCCCUUGUACUCUAAAACAAAUUAGCUCAUUGACACGUUUGAGUUUAGGCCGGGUGUUGUUUGUUUGCUUCCACACUAAACUAACACUUGUAUUAAAUUAAAUGCAUGUCAUGACUGUACAA